CGUGUGCUGGCCUCACGCACAGUCCUAGGCGCUGUCAGUUUGGAGUUAACACAACAGCUUGGUACCCACUGCACUUCUUUGUUGAGCCCCAAGGAAACGUUUGUAUCGUUUACUUAGGCUGGUCCGCGGGGCCACAACAACAUCUGCUGUAUGAAGACGAUAAGCAUUCUAUUGGAUUAGUGGUGUUACAGAUUUUCGUCCGCUAUAGUCCAACUAUAUAUUCCAUUACUGAACACGAGAAACGAGAUUUGUCUGUGUUGUUGUUGUCGUUGCAUCUUCAUUGGAAGUCACAAGGGCGAAACUCUAUAUCUGCUAAGAGCCAGUGACUGGGUGGCAACAGGAAGAAUGCUCCGAAGUUCCCACGAUUUUGCCCGAUGAUUUCAGUAGUGGGUAAAUAUGCUGGACUAUAGUUUACAUUUUCGCUGCUCGAUGUAGAGAUAUUGAGUGUUUUGUUCCUCCGGCUGACGUCAUCUUGUGAUAAAAAAAAACUGUCCAGACUCCCCACUAUGACAGCAGGAAGCCGCUUACCCCCAUCAAUAAGAGACUGCAUUCCGUUCUGUGACUCCGUUUGUUUACACGCCUGAGAAAAGGACUAGGGGUAUCAGAACAGCAGAUACGGCCGGGCUCCCUGCUUCCCUUCAGUCAACCUACCACAGCUGCACCUUGUAAAGCCCAUCACUGAUGUAACCAUCCUGGUAUUCUUCACCCAGAGCCUCUAAAGCUGGAGCCAACGACCUCACCUGCAGGGCUGAUAAAUUGAUAGCAUGACCUAUAACCUUAAGCAUCGACACCUGAACAACCACCAGUUGCCUAAGGGAGACCGACGCUCACAAGCAUUUUUUUUCCGGACGCAAAUACUUUCUCUCGCUGUGGUCAGGGUUUAUUGUUUCCAUUUAACGACAUCGUGGGUUGGAUGCUUACGAUAAAUAAUAAUGGACCAGUGCUAUACGAGUGAAAGCCAUAUUUGUGCUUGAUAAGGCUGAUCACUUUAACAGAUCACUGAGGCCCAAAGAGUCACACAACUUCCUUACUUCUCGUAGCGCCUCGUAUUAAAUGUGUGUAAGACGUCUUUUCAUCUACGAUUACAGUAUUUUGUUCAUGGACAAACAUUGAACUUGUGAAAACUGUUUAUUAGAUAGUUUGCUGCAGGCGAUUACGCUUCGUUGGUACCUUCCCCGUGAACAGAACCAACACUGCCGGCCAUUUCAGCUUCCAGACCAGUUGUCUGUACAAUUCCGAACAAGGUUCUCGGUGGAUCGAAUUUGAUAUAUUCGGCUUUAGUGUGUUCUCAGAGAUAAAACGUUUUCAGGAUAAAGACAAAACCAGAUAUUGUUAUUGCGGAAGAUGUGGCUUAUGCAAAUGUGAUUUAUGUGAAAGUUUGACAUAAAUACCGAGAUGUUGUGCUCAAUAUGCUUUGCAGAGUGUCUGAUAUCGUGUGGUGCUGCGCAUUCCAGGAUCAUGGGAACAUCUUGAUAACUAAUUAUCACCUGGAUAUAUGUUACGAUCAAGGAUGACGUGAUUUACAUGUACUUAAGUUUCUUUACUCUUCUGACUCCAGUCUGUGAGCGUUCUUAGUGGACUGAAGGCAAUUCGUAACGUUCGGCGACGAUACCUUACCCAAAUCGGAAACACAUCUACCUCUGUUGUGUCGCCAUAUUGUUUAUUGUGUUCUUUAUCUCACUGUGAGCGUUAUUUUAUCAUAUCUAGUUGAAUCCUUGAGAUAUUCACAGGUACAAACCUGUUGAUUAUUCCAUUUAUUGUAAUUAGAUGUUAUAAUUUAAAUAAAACUUCUAGAAAAGGAGAUUUUAGGACACAGUCGAGAUACGAAUGCAAUGGCGGGCGGGACAAAAUUUAUCAAGGAAAUAAAUGACCAAUUUCUCAUCUGCAAAAUUUGUCACGAAACAUACAAAGAUCCCAAAACGUUAACAUGUUUGCACACUUUCUGUACGGAUUGUCUUCAGCAGCAUAUUGACUCAGAGCGAGAGAGAGCCAGUCGUUUCUCGCUCUACAGUCGUUACAUUACGUGUCCGCUCUGUCGGAAAAAGACGGAAAUUCCUAACGGGGGCGUCCGGAGAUUACCGGACAAUUUUCUCGUGUCCAAUUUGACGGAUGUUGUCAAUAGACGGCGCUCCGUCAAAGCGCCAUCUUGUGAGAUAUGUCAGACGAUGCGUUCACGAACGAACCAGGCAUGUUCGAAGUGUGUGGAAUGUUCCAAAUUAUUGUGCAAAUCAUGCGUGGAAUUGCAUCGUAAAACCAAAGUUACUGAGCACCACAGUUUGUUUGAUAUAGAGGAUGAAAAGGAUAUUGAAUGUAAAGUUCACCCAGAUGAAAUCGUUCGGUUUUUCUGUGAACCAUGUGAGACUUGCGUGUGUAUUCUUUGUACGUUCCAGGAGCAUCGGGACCACGAAGUCUGCUCCUUCAGUGAAGGAUUUGCUAAGAACAAGACGGCCUUGGAAAAUCUGAUGGCCAAAUGCAGAGGUCGCGCCUCAGAUGUACAAAACCUGCUGAGCACAAUUAACAAGUGUGAAAUGCUAAAAAAAGAAACUCAGGAAAGCAUUCGUGAUCUGGCGAUAAGUUACACGUCACAAGUUCGGGGCAUGGAGAAAAAACUGCUGAAAAAAGUGGAGAGCGUAUUCGGAGGAGGUGAAUUUAUGGCUUUCUUACAGAAUAAAGAUUGGCUGCGUGAGAGCCUGGGCAACCUGGAGAGCACUUGUAAUUUGACGGAUGUCAUUCUGAAGGAUAAAAACCUGGAAAUGUUGCUAUUAAAAAAAGAAAUAGAAGAGAAGCUAACCAUGCUCAUGGAGCCGUCACUUCCUCCAGUACCAAGUGAUCUUUCCAAGCAAGUUAAGUUUAUCCCUGGUUCAGUGAAGUUGGGAUAUCUGUCUGUGAUCAAUGGCUCGAGUGAUGGAGAUAGUGAUAGCUUACCUACUGACAUUAUAUGCUCUGAUACGCAAACCGACACGGUUUCCAUGGAGGAUACGUCAACCACCAUGGGUUAUAACCUUGCGCAGCCAUUUGCCGAGCGGUCUAAGUCAUUACAGACGGACCCUGUAGAGGUAAUUCAAACGGCCAACAAGGAGGUGGGUACUAUUCCUGUGCUAACUCGGGACAAGGGCAGCGAUGCUCUCGAGCUGGAUGUGAAGAGCAAAGGGGUUCUGACGGAAAGACCAAGCUGCCAUACCGUCAAGUCCCAGACUGAGAGAACUUUAACCUAUGACCAAGAGAGCAUGACAAGCCUAGGGGGCAGCGACGUGGCGGUAAAUACACCGCUAAUAGAGAUGCUCAAUAAAGUGAUACAGGUCUACCCGGACGUUACCAGUCGAGGGGUCCAAGCUAAGACAGGGACAGACAUGCACGAUCAUCGUGCGAAAUAUGAUACAAUAGAUUCGUCUUGUGUAGAAAAAAUUCAUGUGGAUUCCAAACAGCCGAUGACAAAUGGCACGACCCGCGACCAUACUCCGACAGCACCGGCGGGGUUACCGAGGACAAAAUGGCCAGUAAGCAAUCGCGGAAUCCAAACUAUGCUCACUGAAGAGGCGAGACUUACGCUCCGUGCAGUUACAAAAGAUUCAGGAAUUAUGACAGAACAUGUUAACAUUGUAAGUGAUAAACACGAUGACCCAUCCCAAGGGCAAACACUUUCUCACAGUUUCGGAUACGGAAGGGGAGCAGUGUGUAGAAAGUGCAAAUGUCCAGUGGUUGAUAGAAAAAAGGGAGAUCGUGAAUCAGAAGUAACUUUAGCUGAGAACUCCGAUGUAAGAGAUCAGACUUCAGCAGGUGUAGCAAAAACAACUCGAAGUUUUGGAACAGAUCCAAUAAAAUGGCCAGAUUCUUGCAAGUCUACAGAAACAGAAAAGAUUCGUUCAUCCGAAAAAUCAGUUCACGUGUCUGUUUCCGUAAAUGAUGCUGGAACAGUUGUGGACAGGUCUUUAUCGUCCGUUCGGAAUAAAUCCACUUCAACUCCAGUUAUACAACAUAGUGAUUUGGACACUCAAACAGCCGCGGCUGACGUGAAGCACAAGUCUACCUGGAGUUACGUUAGACAAUUCAGUCGCGGAACGUUGACCGACAAAAUCGAGGAACCCGACAAAAAGGCGACCAAUCCGCAAAUUACAACCCGGAGCAAAACGACAAAUACUCCAUCCGUUGUUGUGUCCCACAAAGCUUCCACCGCCACAGUCAAGACCAUGGAUAGCAGCACGGAGAUACUCGGUAGUGAGCAAUUGAAAAUGGUUCCGAUCCUGACGGACUCAUCUACAUCAACAGACGCCUCCCUCCACACAGCGGAUGAGUGUGAGGAAACAACAGAAGCAGGCACGAACAAAAACUCGAUUCUACCUCUGCUGUUUCCCGUGCGAACAUCCGUGGACGGCCAGCUGCCCGUCACUGUGGACAGUUUUACCGCCAUGUCUCCAGUAAAAACACGAGAAACAGAGACGUUGACAGCUCAGCUGCCGUUGUCGGAUAGGUGGACCAGUACUGAUGUCACGCAGUUAUCCAACGCCAGCACCGCCACCAACGUUAUUCACACCAAUGACAAAGGCGUGUUUACUCCGAGGACGGCGAUGUCAGAUCAGUUUACCAACACGCCAAAGGUAGAGUUGAGAGAGUGCGAGACAGAAGCCAUCGUCACAACAACGGACAACGAAACGCUAACGGACAAGAUGGUGUUCAGCGACGCGCAGACCGGAAGUGAGCUGACAUUCAGUGACAGCACAACCUGGAUUGACUUUCAGUCCCAUUUGGAAGCGGACACGAUGACCGAUCCAACUAGCAUCAAAGACAAAGAGAUGAUGGUGAAACCCACCAUGUUCAGUAAACGGACAAAUACUUCACCGGGUGUGGACUCCCUGUCCAGGUCAGUGGACGGCGCAUUUCAGGUGGAAUUCCAGCCAGUCCUCACUCGAAGUUUACCGGAAUUAUUACUAACCUAUUUCCCCGGCCCUCCAAGCGAGCCGUACCAGGAGAUCAGUAUCCCAGUCCCCACCGUAGAGCGGGGCACUAUGUACUCACCCAUCAUGACAUGUGACCAGAGUACCAUGGCCAUGUCUAUACUACCAACAGACGAAUCACUGACUGUCUCCACUCAAACUCCAGGCGCCAUGUACGGGGAAGUUAAUUCUUAUGACUGGCCUUACGAAAAUGACGAUUUGUCUUACGAGGAAAAAGCCACAUCUACCGAAUCUCUAGUCUACAUGGGACUGUUAAGUGAAUUGGAUAAUAUCGAUGAACUCUUCUUCGUUCCAAAUGUUACCUUGGAAACGGUCUCCUCGGCAACGUCGCUUUCAGAUGUAUCUAUGGAAACGGAUCGAAUAGAAAUGUUGGACCAAGAAAUGAGCACAGAACAAAUAAGCCUGUAUGAUUGUAGUACUCAAACUUACCUAACAAUUUCUCCAGACGAACAAAACUUCCCUGACCCCUCACAGUUGCUGCCUUCACCAUCCAGUGAUGGAAGUCCGGCUCUUUGUAUGAUAGAUGCCAGUACCAACACUCGCCCUGUACGAACAAUGUGUCGGGAAACAAGCACACCUCCCCGGCAUCUUCUCUCCAAAUCUACCAUGACACAUUAUGUGGCCAGAACCGACAAAUCUACGAACACCGCUCGGCGCAUGAGCAGAUGGGACCUUCCGCAGAUCAGUACGAGUGAGAUGGGAGUCAGCACGGAUAGCCUAGCCCAGGAGGACAAAGAUACCAUGACGGUACCCAGCAACUUGAGAGAUAGCUGCGUGUCGACAGACUCCAUGUUUCUCGACGAGAAGAUGGCGGAGUGUAUAGUCAAGCUGAAGAACGUGUCUGAAAGACUACAUAGUCCCACACAGAAAGUUCCUAACGAAAGUCCCUUUGGUUCCCGCUCUCAGUUGGCACGACGCAAGUUGCCAGAUCUGGAAGACAUGUUAAUAAAACCAAGAGAGGUCCUGGAGAACAAAGCGUCUUCACCAGGAGAUGAGCACUCGUCUUCUUCCCGGAGUCUGACCGAAGACGAACGACAAAAACAAGUGCAGGACCUGCUCCUGCAGACUCAGAUAGCUCUGCAAAAGACGAAGUCAGAUGCCACUCGAAAACUCCAACCUAUCACAACUCUCAGAGCCAAAUCUGGGGACAGACUGGCAGCCAUUGAAGAGGAACACUACAAGAGCAGGAGUUUACCCCGGCAGUUUCCCGAGAGGGAGCAAUUGACAGGUGUGAGGAUGGGGCGACAGGCCAUGACUCCUAGCCGUUUGCCUCUGUUACGUUACAACUCAGCACCAGGGCGGAUCGCCACCGUCCCCACACAGAAAGGCAAGAUGCCCAGAUCACCCACCCGCGCUGUACCCACCAAAAUCCCCGCACCUGUCAAGGCUCAGGAAACGAUGCCAGCACAAAUACCACCUCUAGCUGCGGAUAGAAGGAGCUCUGGUCAGCUCCCGUCCCUACCCGCAAUUUCGGAGACUAGGACACCAUCCUCCUGCUCCGGUUGUUCCACGGUGUCAUGUUCAUCUGUAGAAACCUCAUCCUCAGGGACGGUGUCCUCUGAUAUAGUGCCUCAACAUCAGCUAGCGAAGAAACCUCUAUCGCCAUCUUACUCUUCAUCUUCAACAUCAUCUGUUCAGUCGGCUGCGGAUCCAGUUAAAUCCCAGCGCAAAUCUGCCAUGAGCUUUAUGCAAAAACUUCUUCCAAGGAAGAAGAAAUUUUCUGCUUCGCCAAGUCCAGAACCACAAAGGCCCUCACCGAUAGCUUCACCAAAACCUACACCCAAAUAUAAACCUGAAGAAAAGUCCCCAAAGAGUCCGAAAAGAGCAAGGCCGUUCGUUUACAUGAGACAACGAAUAUUUUCAAUUCAGCACGACGGGGAAUCAUCGAAACCAAAGAAAGACAAGGCCAAAAAAGUCAAGUCCAAAUCCAAGACGGACAUCAGUUCUCCCGGCUCUACGAGACGAGAAACUGAAGAUCCGGGGUCACGUGAUCCAUCUGCCUGCGCCUCCCUACCUACCGCCUCCAAGAAAAACUAAACUUUCUCCGUCAUUAAUAUAUAUAGGCCUGUUGUCAGAUAUCGUUCAACAUACUGGAAUAGUUUGGACUUUAAACAGUUAUGGUAGAUGGACAGAGACAAUGGUUUAACUUGUUGUCUGGCAGCAUUUUUCGUAACAAUCAUCCGGUUGUUCGCUGUCCACGACAUGCUGAAAUUAUAAUAUUAAAUGAUCUUACCCAAUAGUGCUUGUAUGUAUUAACUCUUCUGUGAAACGACGGAUAUAUACAAGUUCUGAAAAUGUAAAAUUCUGACCAGAUUCUUUGGCAGGUUUUCAACUCGCUGGAUCAAGGGUUUUACCGAAAUUUACAUUGGGAUUCCAUAUUCGAUGUUGAUAAUAUUUUUUCUGCAAAAUGAUUCAGUUGAAGAUGUGUACAAUAUUGAAGAGAAAACGCAAACAGAUGAAUAAGACGCUGGACGUCUGUUUAUGAAUUGUCUAUGUAUCUCAGUUGUUAGUGUGCCUACCAUAAACGUAAUAUUUCCAUAGUGCUUUUGACACACGGAGCUUUUGACACACAGAUUAGUGCUGAUGUAGUUUCUGCUGAAUGAAAUAUUUGUACGUAUCUGUAGUUUCACGUAUAACGCUUGGUUUCUGUUUCAUGUGUAUGGGCGGUUACGUUUAAACUCGUACAUCCCUCGGCCUCUCCAUUUGAGAUUAUGUAAGCUGAUUUCAAGAACAUUUUCGUGGUGCUUUAUUUGGGAUAUUAAUUUGGUGCUCGAUAAAUAUGACUUAUUUGUAGCUGGCUGUAUGUCAUUAAAUCCUCAGCAGUCAACAAAUCUUCAAGACUUGUACAAGUUACAAAAAGUUACAAAAAUGUGUUCUUUUUUGCUCGUGUUGCCACCGAUGGCUGUAUAUAUAUGUGUGUAUCAUAAAAUCGGUUGCGCAGCAUUAUGCUACAACGAUGCAAUAAAAUAAGUUUAAAUUUGCCCGUAAGUAAAUGUAUUAUGCGUUGCAAGUUACGUAAUAAUCAUGCAGGCACAGUGUAUUAUAUGUAUAGUGGUAUGUCUCAGGGACAUUAAGUUUUCGAUUUUUUCAUCUUAUCCAUAUAUUUGAAGAUAUAAGGAUAUUUGAUCUACAUGCCCUGUCGUAGCACCGUCCAUUGCUGUUAAAUCAAUCUGCGAGGUCUAGUCUACAAUGUUAUCAAACUGGUUUAGGUGUAGAUUUUGAUAUCGGUUGUGCCAUUCUACCUUAUAAGUAUAACAGAGGAUUGAUUUUAUUGAUAUAUAGAUGUAGUAUUUAAUUUAUGUGAAUUUUAUAUUCGAAUUGCUAUACUUGAAAGUAUGAGUCACCAUAUGUCAAUAACAACACUUUGGUUUAGUUCACACGGACUUAUGUUUAUUUAUAUUUUGUAAAGAAAACACGAUUUUGGGAGAAUCUGUAGUAUUUUACCGGACUGAGAUCUAUAGUAUACUAUCGCCUUAAAAGUAGCGAAAAUGUGUCACAAACAUCUCUAAAGUAAUAUGAUCCUUAAUGUGAAUUUUAUCAGGACCGCCGUUUUAAUCUGUGAAAUAAUAAUUUAUGUUACUUCUUUAAUGAUUUCAAUCAUCCAAUGCGCAUGCGUUGUUUUGUAUCUUUCUGAAAAAAUUUCAUUUCUUAGAACAUUUUUCUGGUGUAGUCAGAAACGUUCCUCACCACAAAUUCUGGAACAAAUAGGUAGGAAAUGUGGAUUCGAAUGCAACACUUCACCAAAUAAAUGUACUUCACCCUA